AUGUGUCUACCGGUGGCUGUCCGGACUGGCCAUGGUACAUGGGAUGAAGUUGUCUCAGAUGAUGAUACGGGGUCAUUCAACGGCCAUUUUGACAACCAUUCAGGUUCUAAAUCCGACAUAUCUGAAGAAGAUAAGAUGAAUGAUGGCAGGACAUUCGCGUCAAGUCAACCGCCAUCAAAAGCUGGGACAUCGAAAGCAUGA